AUGAAUAUAAAAACCUUGCAUUUAACCAUAUAUCACAACAACAACAAAAAAUUCCGAACAGUAAUCACUGAUCCUCGUGAUACGUUUGAAACUUUAUUGACCAGUAUAGAAGAAUUUAUGGAUUUCAAAGAUGAUGUUAUUGGAUGUCACUUAAAACUUGAGAAUAGAUGGAGUGAAGUGUCCUUAAAUGAUUCCACAUUCAUGGCAUUCGCACCAGAAAUAAAACAUGUCAAAUAUAUAUUAACAACAA